AUGUCGCGGAAGGAGCUCCUUCGCCGGAACGAACCGGGCGGUCCUUCCAUGCCCGGCAUCACCCGAGCGCUCGCCGUCACCGGGUUAUAUCGGCAUCGUCAUAGCGUGACCGACGACGCCCAUCCUCACCGCUUCUUUCCUGCAAACAUCACAAGCAUCGGUCAUGAGGUAAGGGGUGACUCUCAUCCAACACGUAGCGCGAUGCACGAUGCGUCAGAAAGCCCCAUCCCGACACAUUCCCCCGAAGAAAAAACUUCCACCCGCGCAAGGUCCGGGAGAUCUCAGAUGGGGGAUUGGAAAGUCUCGGCAUGCUUCUUCCGAGAUCUCGUCGUGGCAUCUUCUCAUGUGCGCAUCCUCGACAAACAAAACAACACGAUUAAUCCCGGCGGCAAAAAAAACCGUCGACUGCUUCCCCUCUGCGUCAUACCCAUCCCCACAUCCACAUGUCAAUCCCGCGAUGAAAGCCCCUUCCUCUCGCUCUUUCUCCCACCUAGCCCCCCACCUCAUCUACCGAUCCACGAAGACGAAGACCUAGACGUCGGACUCAGGGCCACCGUGACCCUCGUCGUAAUUAGGAAAACGAAGGCAAAUCUAGCUUCGCGCUCUUAG